UUACACUUAAAGACUAUGUGUUAUGUGUUACAGCAGUCACAUGGAAUGGAAGAAAGAUUAUCUUAUGAAAUUCACCUUCUAUUGACUUCCUUCCUGAAACACCCAAACAGUUCCCUUUAAAAAUCAAAUCCGAUUUUGUUUUCAUAGAAAGAAACUGCCCCAAUUUGUAAUUCCUCCCACAAAAAGAAAAAGUUUCCUUGUUUAUACAUACAAACCAACCGAUCGUGUGAAUCACAAUGGCUGUUGCGGCUGUUCUAAGAUCAAGAUCACCCACACCCACAGUGUCCUCCUUAUCACACUUGAAGUACUUUGUUUUAGCUCACGAUAAUAUGCACACUUGUUCAAGGCCCUCAACAACCAAAUUAGACCAGUACCAAUCUUUGAAACCCUCAGCAGCAGCAGCUGAUACAAAGGGUUAUGGGUUUUUCAGCAAGUGGAGGUCCGUUAAUAUGUAUGGUGGUAGUAGUAGUGUUGGUGGAGGAGGAGACCCACCUGAGGUCUGGCAUCCUCGUGGUGGUGGAGAUACUGCUCCUCCUCCUUUGGCUAACCCAACCGCCAAUGGCUCCGCUUCUGGGGAUGGGAGUUGGGGUGGCUCUAACUUGGGCACCAGUUUCCCAACUCCAAAGGAGAUCUGUAAAGGCCUUGAUAAGUUUGUUAUUGGUCAACAAAGAGCUAAAAAGGUGCUCUCUGUGGCAGUAUACAAUCAUUACAAGAGGAUCUCUAUUGAUACUUCACAAAAUUAGGCCUUCGGGAGAUGACACGGAAAAGGAGGCAGAUGGCGGCGAUGUUGUAGAGCUUGAGAAAAGUAAUAUUCUUGUAUUUGGCCCAACCGGUUCAGGGAAGACGCUACUUGCAAAAACAUUAGCUCGCUUAGUGAAUGUUCCAUUUGUUAUUGCAGAUGCUACCACACUUACUCAGGCAGGCUACGUUGGGGAAGAUGUGGAAUCUAUUCUAUACAAGCUUUUGACAGUUGCUGAUUAUAACGUCGCAGCAGCGCAGCAGGGCAUUGUGUAUAUAGAUGAAGUUGACAAGAUUACAAAGAAGGCUGAGAGUCUUAACAUUAGCAGAGAUGUAUCCGGUGAGGGUGUGCAGCAGGCAUUACUAAAGAUGCUGGAAGGGACUGUUGUCAAUGUCCCUGAGAAGGGGGCACGUAAGCAUCCUAGAGGAGACAAUAUUCAGAUUGAUACCAAAGAUAUUCUCUUUAUUUGUGGUGGAGCAUUCAUAGAUCUUGAGAAAACCGUCUCAGAAAGACGACAAGACUCUUCCAUUGGGUUUGGGGCACCUGUUCGGGCAAACAUGAGAACCGGAGGAGUUACCACUACUGCUGUUACUUCAUCUUUGUUGGAAACUGUCGAAAGUAGCGAUCUCAUUGCUUACGGAUUGAUUCCUGAAUUUGUUGGACGGUUUCCGAUUCUUGUUAACUUAUUAGCUCUCACAGAAGAUCAACUUGUCCAGGUGCUAACUGAGCCAAAGAAUGCAUUAGGCAAGCAAUACAAGAAGUUAUUUCAGAUGAACGGAGUUAAGUUGCAUUAUACCGAAAGUGCAUUGAAACUAAUUGCGAAGAAAGCAAUAGUGAAAAACACAGGUGCUCGGGGGUUGAGGUCCUUGUUAGAGAACAUUUUGAUGGAUGCCAUGUAUGAGAUCCCUGAUGAAAGAACAGGGGACAACAUAAUAGAUGCUGUUGUUGUUGACGAGGAGGCUGUUGAUCGUGGAGCAAAAAUCUUGUAUGGGGAAGGGGCACUGGAACGUUAUCUAUCACGACAUGAUAAUAAAGAUGUCGAGACGAGCAUGGUGGAUGGGGCUGAUGGAGAAGCUGAGCCGCCUUUUAUCGCUGCUUUGUAACUCCAUGUUGUGGAUUUCAUAUGUGUACUGUACAGUAUAAGCUGCUGCAAUGAAACCACCCAGCAAAACCAACAUGUUGUGUAAUCAAUCUGUAGCAUGUAUGUAUGUAUAUAUGUAAAAGCUAAAUCCAUUUCUAAGAUCAUGUGAUAUAGUAGCAUGCUUGUUUGUGUUGGACUAGA